CCCCUCGAUGCACCUGGCGGGCAGGCAGGACCUCAGCACUACCCCCACCACCGCCGCCAUGGGCGAAGCAUCCCAACGUGUGUUGAACCACUUAAGGUGACUCUGACUGAUGGCUGCAUGUUUUUAGUGUGUGCGUCCCGUCCCAUCCCAGCAGCUCCCCUCCUAAAUAAUACCUCAAGCCAUAUCCAUCUCGUCUCUUCCCAACUUCUUCCUUUCCCUCCUUUCUCUUCUCUCCCUCAACUACACUUCCUUUCCCUCCUCCUGCAAACACCACAAAACCCCCCUCAAUUGCAAUCAUGUCUCUCGCCAACAAGCUCUCCAUCACCGACGUUGACCUGAAGGGCAAGCGGGUUCUCAUUCGCGUCGACUUCAACGUCCCCCUCGACGCCAACAAGAAGAUCACCAACAACCAGCGCAUUGCUGGCGCCGUGCCCACCAUCAAGUACGCCAUUGACAAUGGCGCCAAGGCCGUCGUCCUGAUGUCCCACCUCGGCCGCCCCAACGGCCAGGAGAACCCCAAGUACAGCCUCGAGCCCGUCGUCCCCGAGCUCGAGAAGCUGCUCGGCGGCAAGCAGGUCCAGUUCGCCAAGAACUGCGUCGGCAAGGAUGUCGAGGACCUCGUUAACUCUGCCAACAACGGCCAGGUCGUCCUGCUCGAGAACCUGCGCUUCCACAUCGAGGAGGAGGGCUCCGCCAAGGACAAGGACGGCAACAAGACUAAGGCCGACAAGGCCAAGGUCGACGAGUUCCGCAAGGGUCUCACUGCCCUCGGCGAUGUCUUCAUCAACGACGCUUUCGGCACCGCCCACCGCGCCCACUCCUCCAUGGUCGGUGUUGACCUGCCCCAGAAGGCUUCGGGCUUCCUCAUGAAGAAGGAACUCGAGUACUUCGCCAAGGCCCUCGAGAACCCCCAGCGCCCCUUCCUCGCCAUCCUCGGUGGCGCCAAGGUCUCGGACAAGAUCCAGCUCAUCGACAACCUAUUGGACAAGGUCAACACCCUCAUCGUCUGCGGUGGCAUGGCCUUCACCUUCAAGAAGACGCUCGAGAACGUCAGCAUCGGCGACUCGCUCUUUGACGAGUCCGGCGCCAAGACGGUUGGCAAGCUUGUCGAGAAGGCGAAGGCCAACAACGUCAAGCUCGUCCUGCCCGUCGACUACGUCACUGCCGACAAGUUCGACAAGGACGCCAACGUCGGUUCCGCCACGGACGAGUCCGGUAUCCCCGACGGCUGGAUGGGUCUCGACUGCGGCCCCAAGUCGGUCGAGCUCUACAAGCAGGCCAUCGACGAGGCCAAGACCAUCCUCUGGAAUGGCCCCGCCGGUGUCUUCGAGUUCGACAAGUUCGCCAACGGCACCAAGUCGACGCUCGACGCCGCCGUUGCUGCUGCCGAGGGCGGCAAGAUCGUCAUCAUUGGCGGUGGUGACACGGCCACCGUUGCCGCCAAGUACGGCGUCGAGGACAAGCUCAGCCACGUCUCCACCGGCGGCGGUGCCAGCUUGGAGCUCCUCGAGGGUAAGGAACUGCCCGGUGUUACUGCCCUGUCGAGUAAGUAAAUCAAUCCUCGUGAGCAUGAGGAUGCGUCCCGCUCUAUGGACUCGAUCGGUCUGAUAGAUGGGAAAGGUCGGGCUGGCAAAGCCAGUCUGUAGGGCCCGAAAGAAAGGAGAGCGGAAGCCCAAGGGAAAAGUAGCCAUGAUGAACGUAAUGCUCCCCCGUGUCAUGCAUGUCCCUCAGUAGAGAAGAAAAAAAGUCACGACAUCAAUAAACAGUAAAAAACUAGACAAUUUUCA